ACACACACACAGACUGAAGAGAGAGCGACUCUACUCCUCUUGUUUUCCAACCAAACUACUGCACCGACCCUCGUAACAACCCUCUGAAUGGAGACGCUGUUAUUGAUCACACAGUCAGCGCUGUGGGACUGCCUCUCUGUGGGACCGGGUCUUUGAUGUUGUGCAGGCUGAUCACAGAUCAGAUACACGCGCUUCAGAUCCAUAAAGCCACCCCCUCCCUCUCUCUCCCUCCCUCUCUCCCUCUCUCUCUCUCUCUCUCUCUCUCUCCCUCUCUCUCUCUCUCCCUCCCUCUCCGCCUUUGAUCUGAGCGCUCAGUUUGUCCUCGGUGAUCCGCCGCUGCUGUGUUGAGCUGGGCCGGGGCAGCAGCGCUGACAUGGUGAGCAGACCGGUGCGGGAAACACACCACCACACCUCUCACCGGUCUGCUUUCGACUUUUAACAACCAACACUUUGAUCAACAACAGGCUCCUUUUUAGCAGCUGCAGGCAAGUGGCUGAUCAAAAUGGUCUGGAUGCUUCAACGCACCUUCACACUUCUACUGGCUCUGCAUGUCAUACAUUCAACUCUGAUUCCUGUGAGGGCCGAGGAGACCAGAGAAUGCAGAGAACAGGAGUACAAGGACCGGUUUGGGAACUGUAAACCCUGCAAGCAGUGUGAUGCGGGACAGGAGCUGUCAAAGGAAUGUGGCUUUGGUUAUGGAGAGGAUGCCCGGUGCGUGCCCUGCCGGAGCAGUCGCUUCAAGGAGGACCGGAGCCUACAGAAGUGCAAGCCUUGCCUGGACUGUGGACUCAUCAACCGCUUCCAGAAGGGCAACUGUUCCACCACCAGCAACGCCGUGUGUGGCGACUGUCUGCCGGGAUAUUACAGGAAGACAAAAUUAAGUGGUUUCCAAGACAUGGAGUGUAUACCUUGUGGGGACCCUCCGCCUCCUUAUGAGCCUCACUGCAGCGGGCGUGUGAACCUGGUGCCGCUGCCGUCGGUGGUGACCAGCCCGAGGGACAUGGCCCUGGCCGCAGUGAUCUGUAGCGCUCUGGCCACCGUGCUGCUGGCCCUGCUCGUCCUGUGUGUCAUCUACUGCAAGAGACAGCUGCUGGAGAAGAAGCCCAGUGCGGCCUCUCUCAGGUCCCAGGAUUGUCCCUACGGUGGCGCAGAGCUAUCCUGCCUGGACCCUCGCUGGCUCCAUGACUUUCCCCAGAGACCCUGUUGCCAGUGUCACCUGGGCCCCGGACACACCUGUGGUCCCGUCCACCUGAUCCCAUCUCUGUGCUGUGAUGAUAGCUGCAGUCUGGGCCGCAGCCAGGACAACAGUCCCUUCCCAUCCCAGAUGAGCCUCAGUGACGGAAACACAAACCAGAAUGAGGAAGGCACCCCGAUGCAGCUGGGAGGACGUCCGGAGUCUGUCUGUAAAGAGGCUGCUGGCAUGAGAGAGAGUUUAGAGCCUGCAGAGUGUUUGGGGCUGCCUCAGUGCAAUGCCGAGCCUGCAGGGAGACUGGAGGUGGAGGAAGAAGAGGAGGAUGAAGAGGAAGGGUGCAGGCCAAGGGAGAAUUCAGCUGAGAGGACCAGGCAGAGCUACAGUGACACUGUGACGGAUGCACUUCUUCCCAAACAGCACUCAUCGAGUCAGGAAGGAUGACAUGGAUUUCUUUGGCUUGUGUUCCACCCUUGAACCACCCUGGACUCAACAACAGCCGCGGCCAGAUCCCGUAUCAGAUUACUCACUAGUCCCCCCCCCCACCCCCCACUGCACCACACACACAUACACACACCCACACCCACAAGCAGCAACCACUCUCAAGUGUGGUCACACCGCCUCUUUGAAAUGUCUUUGAAAUGGACCUCAGAGCCCCUUGUUAAAGGGUCCAAACAGAAUAUGUACAUACACACAAACAAAAGCACUGCUGAGGAAGAGCGAAGCAUGAGGGCAAAGGCGUACACACACACACACACACGCACACACGCACACACGCACACAAUGUGAACUUGCUGGCCCAGAAGGUGAAAUCGAAUGAAGUUCAACCAUUGAGGAGUACUGACUUGAUACUACGGAGCAAAGUGAAUCAAAGUGAGCCUCUGCUCUGCCUUGAGAAUGUCUUGCAUCUUCUCAUGUAGGAGGACAUAAACUGUACCACUGACCUAGCAGCUGGUGUUAUGAAGCUUUUGUGUGUAAAAAAAGUAACAGUUGUAAAAUUUGUGGUGUGAAGAAAAGUGUCAAAAGUGAUUAUGUUGCACAUUGAAGACAAUCUUGAUAGUACGGAACAAGUUAAGACAAGGAAUGUUUAAGUGAGUGUUAUGUGUUGUAGAUACUGUAAAAUAUUAAAUAGGACAAUAUUUUUGUAACAUAGACAUGACUGACUAUAUGUUUGCUUUUCUUUCCCCAGUUAUAGUGUUGAUGGUUGUGAAUGGUCACUCCCACAUAUUGUUUUUGUAAAUAAACCACUUGAACAAGUUUA